AUGUCGCACGCUUUGGUCUCCGUGCUUUCGCUGGUGACGGCGGUGCUGGCCGGAUCAGUCGUGAGCCCUAAAGCUUUGGAUUCGGAUAUUUCCAUUCUGAUUCAUAAUGAUUUGAUGGAGAAUGCUAGCCCUUUUGCAGGGUCGGGUGUACUCGUCCUGGACCCUAUGCCGCUGCACAGGGCCAGGCGAAGCUGCGAAGAUCUAGGAGAGUCGUUGUGGGACUCCUCUAUGGGCUCUGAUCGGAUUCAGACUCAAUUGGACUAUCUUCUGUCGCAAAAGACCUAUCGUCAAGGGCAGAGAUUCUGGGUCUCUUCCACCGAUUGUGCGCCAUUGAGCAUCAAUUCGGCAGGAGAGGUGGCAGAGGCCGAGGCAGAUGAGCGUUUACCUGUUUUGUGCACGCAGACUGCACCGUACUCGACGUUGAAGUAUAACGACACGGCACCCAAAUGGCAGGUCUCUGUGCGCUCGAACGAUGAGCAAAUUACCGGAUUCCGCGAUCGAAAGAGCUUCCGAUUCUUGGGACUACGAUACGCCGAAAAGGCCAAGCGAUGGAGCUAUUCCAAAACAUACAAAGGCCAGCUGGGUCAAGUGUCUGCUCUUGAGUACGGGUCGAUCUGUGCUCAAGGCACCCAAGGCUCAGAAGACUGCUUCUUCCUUAAUGUCUGGACCCCGUACCUCCCCAGGUCUAGAGCGUACUCUCGUGACCGGCUGAAGCCGGUGAUGUUUUGGAUCCAUGGAGGUGCUUUCACUGGUGGCUCCGGCAGUGAUCCUGUCUUUGACGGUGGCAAUCUCGCCUCAAGAGGAGACGUCGUUGUUGUGACGAUCAAUUACCGCCUGGGUACACUGGGAUUCUUGGCUUUGGAUGAUGGAACCACCAACGGCAACUACGGAUUGGCCGAUCAGAUCACGGCGCUCGAUUGGGUCCGACGCAACAUCAAAGACUUUGGGGGUGAUCCCAAUCGCAUCACGAUCUUUGGACAAUCAGCCGGGGCUGGUUCCGUCCGUGCUUUACUCGCCUCCUCUGAAGCUCGAGGGAAAUUCGCCGCCGCGAUCAUGGAGAGCAACCUUGGGGGUCUGGCAUAUGGAACUACCUACUCCAUGUAUUACACAAUCGAAGAAGAAAUGGCCGUGGCUGGAAGCGACAUCUUGCGCGAGGCCAAUUGCACAAAUGCGACCUCAAAGUUAGAUUGCCUCCGUGAUAUCCCCGCCAUGAACAUCACCAACCUCAACACCACAGCACGAUACCUGGUGGUUGAUGGGAAGUACCUGACAAGCACCGAACUUAACCUGACCGAUGGCGCUUCGACGGCCAAUGUUCCCCUAAUGCUGGGCACGAUGAGAGAUGACGGCGCUGCGUUCAUCGGGUAUCCCGACAAGGGCGAGACACUCAGCAAGUUCCUGCGCGAGUCUGGACUGCCAUCCGAGGUUGCGCCGAGCCAGCUUUUCCCACAGCCCUCUGGCUCCAAUCAGACAUUGGACAUAUUCAAUACUACGGCGCGAAUCGCCACCGACGGCAUUUUCCGCUGCGUCGACCAAGCCACUGCCUACGCGGGAGUUAGCAACCACAUCUUCCCAGAAGUCUACUUUUACGAAUUCAACCGAAGCUAUCAAAUGCACGAUUACUCGCCCAACCCUCCUCUCUGUGAGGCGCCCAUCACGCCCGGCUAUCCACAUGGCGAUCCAAAUCAGGAAUAUUUCAAAUGCCACUCUGGAGAGCUCUUCUACGUCUUUGGCAAUUUAAUUCGCAUGGGAUACCCCCUGAGGGAUGAAUACGAUUUGCCAUUUGCACAAUUUGUGCUGGACACGUGGGCAAGCUUCGCUCGCACAUUCAAUCCGAAUCCGGAUCUGAGCUAUACAAAGACCAGAGGGUAUACCAAUACGACUCAUCAAGUGGAGAUGGCUGGAACCUGGACGCGGUUCAAGGACGGUGAUUCUCAGCUUCGUCGUCUGCAGUGGCCCGCAUCCAUGGUGAAAUUGGAUGACACUGACCAGUGCCGAGCAUUGUCUCUGCCGUUGGAUUAUUAUAAAUAG